GUAAAGCAAAUUGAAAAACGAGAUUCUGUUUUAACGUCAAAAAACCAAAUUGACAGGCUGACCCGACCUGGAUCUUCCUACUUCAACUUGAACCCUUUUGAGGUCCUGCAGAUGGAUCCUGAAGCCACAGAUGAAGAAAUAAAGAAAAGAUUCCGGCAGUUGUCAAUAUUGGUGCAUCCAGACAAAAACCAAGAUGAUGCAGAUAGAGCCCAGAAGGCAUUUGAAGCUGUAGAUAAAGCGUACAAGUUGCUGCUAGAUCAGGAGCAAAAGAAGAGGGCCUUGGAUGUGAUACAGGCAGGAAAAGAAUAUGUGGAACACACUGUGAAAGAAAAAAAGAAGCAGCUGAAAAAGGAUGGAAAACCUCCCACUGUAGAAGAGGAUGAUCCUGAAGUUUUCAAACAAGCUGUAUACAAACAGACCAUGAAGCUCUUUGCUGAACUGGAAAUUAAGAGGAAAGAAAGAGAAGCUAAAGAAAUGCAUGAAAGGAAGCGGCAGAGGGAAGAGGAAAUUGAGGCACAGGAGAAAGCUAAACGAGAGCGAGAAUGGCAGAAGAAUUUUGAGGAAAGUCGGGAUGGUCGUGUGGACAGCUGGAGAAAUUUCCAGGCAAACACAAAGGGGAAGAAAGAAAAGAAAAACAGGACCUUCCUGAGACCUCCCAAAGUAAAAAUGGAACAGCGCGAAUGAUCCUGGCAACACUGCCCCAGUGCAGCUCCUCAGUCCCCUCCCUGCUUUUAAGGACUCAUUGGCACCUAGAGUAAGAAUUGCUUUUUAGUAGACUGUUUGUUUCCAGUACGAUUAUUGGUCAAAGUAUUUUUUGUACUCUGUCCAUUUGAAUUAGGGCCAGGAACCCGCUCCAUGUAGAACACCUGGCUUAGAGGGGUCCCCACCAUUAUUGCUGUCCUAUUUGUCUGCUGCCCUGUAACUCAGUGUUUUGUACUUCACAGAGGUUGUGCUGUUUCACCACUUCCAUUUCUAGUUUGAGAGCUGAACAAAAUACUGGAAAUGCAUCUGUGCUUUUCCAGGCAUCAUCUUUCUCCACAAGUUCAGCUUCGGAAAGCUCCGAACUGACUCUGGGAAUCUGCUGCCAGCACUGUGCAGUGCAGCUGACCUGCAGCUAAAGUCUUGCAGCUCUUCACUGAACUGAGUGGUGCUUGGAAGGACCCUUCCCCCAGCAUCUGGUUUUCAAACUAGAAUUCCAGCUCUCAGGCUUAGACUUCUGUUAAUCUCAAACCAGCUGGUCACUUCCUGUAAAGGAAAAAUAACUGCUGUUGAUUAAUAGUUAAGUUGCAAUGGUCUGUAUGUAAAAAUAAAUUUUUACCCAAGUUA